GGAAUAUCUGCAUAUAUAUGAGAGCCAAUUAUAUUUUAAUGAUUAUCCUCUUACAGCCCAUGAAUUUUCAUUAUAUUUUAAUCGCCAAACCAAUUAGAAGUGGCUCCUAAAACUCAUUCCGAGCCUAUUCAAAAACUAGGUUCGGACACCCCGAACUGAAAUCUAGGCUCGUAACUAAACCUACUCUUCGAACGCCUCGGUUCGGCAACCCGUUGGAUCGUCCCCUCCAGAAAUUCAAACCCCUUCUUUUGAUAAAUUUCAUCUUUUGCUUUUCCUCCUUUUUCUUUUCCCUUCUUCAAAUUUGAACCCUCUAAUUUUCGCUCCCAACCAUUCCCUCCCUCUCCUCUCUGCGCAAGCUUACUGUAUCACUUCAACUAGAUUCCUUCAACUUUCUCAAUUCCAUACUUUUCAUGCUCAAUUGAUGCGAUAAAUAAUUAUUUAAACUUCAAUCCUUGUACGUGUUUUUCUUCGAUUUAUUUUCCUGCAAAAACCCUUUCGAUUCUUCAAUUUCAACUGUGUAUUUGCGUACGAUGAAAGGGGAUAAAAUGGCAAAAAGAUCCUCCUUUGGGAACAUGGUGAGAAGGAGGCUUUCCGACAUUACCAAUUCUCUGCCGCAGAAUAAAUCUCCUGCUCCUCCUGAGAAAAACCCACGCGAUGCAGUUUCUGCUAAGGAAUUCAUUGACCAUCUCGUCAAGGAGAAAAUGGCCUUGGUGAAGCUUAUUCAAGACAAAAACAAAAUUAUAGAGUUGAGUGGAAUUGAAAUUCAGAAUUUGAGAAACUGUCUUCAGAAGAUGCAGCUGCAAAACUGGAACCUUGCUCAAUCAAACAGUCAUAUGUUAGCGGAGGUUAAUUUGGGUAAAGAAAGGCUGAAAGCAUUGCAGCACGAGGUAAUUUGUAAAGAAGCCGUUCUUAAAACAAAGGAUUUACAACUAAAGGAAAACGAGAGAGUGAAUGCCCAUAAAGCUGAAUUUCACGAACCGGAAAUAGUAACUAAGUCUUGCAAUGCCAACAGGAGGAGUCGUCUGUCCAGAAGUCGAUCUUUGGGCAAUUCGACGAUAUCUCAACACCUUGCUGAAAAGGAAGCUGCUGUAGUAAGCAAGAGGCGUUGUCUGAGAAGGCAAUCUGCUAGUUCGAGAGUUAGACAUGCGGAGGAAGCAAAGGAGAGUUUGUUUGAGAUAGACGAUGCCAAGUUUCCAGGCGAUGAUGUUGUGCCCUUAAACAGAAAAACAACACAUGAAGUUGAAUCAGUCGAUAUUAACUAUGUGCCCGAAAUGGAAGUUGAAGCACGAAGAACAUCGAUAGGCGGCAGACCGUUGCGCAGAGCAGUUGAAAAGGUCCAAUGCUACAAGGAAAAACCUCUCAAUCUCAAAAUGAGGAGAUCCGAGUGAUCAACUAUUUAGUCGAGGAUUGUGAUAUUAUGUUUAUCUUAUUUGCAUUGCAUGCACAUUUUGUGCCAAGGAAAAACAUUUAUUUA